UCAAAAUAUUCUAAAAGUCAGUACUAAAACUCUUCACACUCAUUUUCCCUCUACCCAAAAUCCCAAAAAUCUCAAGGCAGAAACGCCGGAAAACUGAUCGGAGCUAAUCGUCGGCGAAAGUAAAAUGGCGAUUUUGUUUCAAAGUUCAAGUAACUACAUGUUAUCGGUGAAGAUUUUGUUGAUUUCGACCACCGUCUUAUCUGCUAUUAUUAUGUUAAAGGUAUCUGCUCCGGCUGUAACGGACUUCGCCGUCAGUGAAGUUCCGUCGAUUUGGAACAGCUUUGUUUCGUGGCUUAAGCCGCCGUAUUUGUAUCUGGUUAUUAACUGCAUUAUUAUCAGUAUUUUAGCUUCUUCUAAGUUGCAGAAUAAGCUAGACGAGAACAAAUCUACAGCGCAGGCAGGGACUUCGUCGGAGAAUUUGGCGAAUUUUCAUUCGGUUAAGGAUGUUAGACCGGUUGCGGAGUAUUAUUCUCCGGCUGUUCAUGAAUUUAACGGCUUCGUGUUGAAGAACAAGCUGGAUGAGAACUCAGCUCCGGCGCCGGAGAAUUUGGCUCAGUUUGAUCAGAUUAAGGAGGUGAGACCGGUUACAGAGUACUAUUCAUCGGUCAUUCAUGAAUCGAACGACGUUGUGAUGGAGAAUGAAGCAGUUGUUUCUGGUAUUUACGAGUAUCCUGGUGAUUAUGAUGUAAAGGUAGAGAAAGUUCCGGUGGUUAAUCCAUACAGUAAAUCGCCGGAGCGUAAUGAAGUUGUUGCUGAGAGAAACGACGUCGGAAUCUCGAAAUCUUCUCGGCCAGUGGUGAUGAGACAGGACUCUAUAGAUUAUUCGUUUUCAGGCAAUUCUGCUGAAAAGCCUCCGGCGUCUGCCAGAUUUGCUCACCGGAAAAAUGUCAAAUCCACUCCUGAAGGUGGAAAGGGAGCAUUGAGAGUAUCAAAGCCUAAACGGCAAGACACGCUGGAGAGUACGUGGAAGACGAUAACAGAAGGCCGAGCAAUGCCAUUGGCUCGUCACUUAAGAAAAUCUGACACGUGGGAGACACACGGUGGUCGGAACCCAGUAGUCACCCCACCUCAGCAGAAGAUGAAGAAAUCAGAGACGUUCAAUGACCGAACCACCCCUGACUCCUCCCCUCUGCUGACUCCGUCCCCGGGUGGUUCAGGGAAACUCAGGAAAGAACCCUCAUUGAGUCAAGACGAGCUGAACAGGCGUGUUGAAGCAUUCAUUAAGAAGUUCAAUGAGGAUAUGAGGUUGCAGAGGCAACAGUCGUUGCAACAGUAUAAGGAGAUGAUCAAUAGAGGCUCACAUUAGGCAAUGUUAAAAUGCUGUUUUUGUUUUGCAUAUAAAUAGAGAGACUCUCUCUUUUUCAUGUUGUAUGGUUAUAGUGAAUGGAUUUUAAUUUACUUGCCCCUCUCAGAAAAUGUAGUGCUUGUUUCGACAUUCCAUGAAAAGAAAUCUAAAGGAAGCUGUUUUCGAA